UCCCAGGCACCUGCUGUGUGCUCUGCUGGCUGCACCAUUAGUCCCCACGCAGCCCUGCUGAAAGGAACCAUUAUCCCCACUUUAGCCAGGAGCUCAGCUGAGGCCCAGAGGGGUGAUGUCACACAGCAACCCGGUCCACAGCUCCCUCCUUCCUCAGGACCCUGGUCCUGUGCGCCAGCCAGGUCUUCAUCCGUCCCCCAGGGAUCUCCCUGUCCCGCCUGGACCCCUGGUAAGGAGGAGUCUGCCCACAGGCCCAACUCCGCAGCUGUGAAUGCCUCCCUUGUGUUUGGGGGCCACGUCCCGGGCCCCUCUGCCCGUGAAGUCCUCUGGACCCUGUACCACUCAGUGAAGGCCGCAGGGUGGAUGCUAGGGAACCUGUCCUUGGAUGAGAGCAGCCUCGCCUCGGAUGGGUCCAACCUGACUGACCUGGCCCUGGAGACCCUCAGCAUCCAUCUCACAGCCAUGGAGCCCUUCCAUCCCCUGCUCCUCCUGCCCGGCUCUGCCCCCUUUGUCCUGCUGGAAAAGAAGAUCCUCCCACAGGUCACGGCCGUGGUGGCAGAAUUCUAUUCAGCGCAUCCCCAGGAGGGCCCCCUGCUCCUCUUCAGUAACACGGACCAGUGGGUGGGCGUUUACAUCGAAUACAAGUUUCAGACCCCCGUAGGUACCCACCUCCCUGGCUUGGCCAAUUUCCUGGCCCAGAGCAUAAUGGAUCCUGCUGUCCAGAAAUCCAGCAUCAUGGCCAACGGUCAGCCUGACACCUCCAUCCCCUGCUAUGCUAUGGCACUCAUCCUCCUGGGUCUCCUGUUUAUUGCGCUGGUCCUGGUGUGGAAGCGGAAGACCUGCUUUGGCGUGUCCAGCCAGACACGGUGCCCCUUCCUGCUGUUGCUCCUCCAGUGAAGCCAAAUUCCAGACCUCUCCUCCUGCCCCAACCUGCUCCCAGCCUUCCAGAGUCAGCGCUCAGCCCUGAGAAGCAGAGCCAGAGCAGAAAGGCCCUAGCCUGAGGUCCCCACAGCACGGGGGGCUUCCUCCCUUCCAGCUCCGCCAAGGACUAGACUCCGAGGGAGCGCCAGAGGUGGGCUGGGGGGAAGAGCACUCACCGCCCCCGCCAGGGAGACCAGCGCGCAUCAGCCACAGCAGCCGCCUCCACGCAAGGUCUGGGAAAACCCUCCAGGUCACCGUCAUGCUCAGGUCAGGCCCUGAGGAGUGGAACAUGGCAAGACGGAGGCUGCAGAAGAUGCGGGAAGGGGAACAGAGCUGGCUUCCUUGCACCUGGCCCGACACGGUAGUGGGGCUAGAGGUAUUACUGGCCUCAAGACAAACUGUGGUUGUUUAGGGUAUGGAAAAUUAAAUAACAGGAGCAAUCAGAA